UGAAGGAGGAGGAGGUUGAGGGAAGAUUUCAGCACCGGAGCUGUCCGCGGCUGUCUCGAAGGAGAUCGUUUCUGCGAAGAGAGAGGAGCUGCUUCCGGCUGUAAAAUUUUCUCCCCGAGACUAAGGGCAAGGGAUAAUAAGCCAUUCAUCUCCCCCGUUUGGGGCUACAGAGUACCAGACCGCGUACUUCAUUCAUCCGAGCCAAGUGUUGCCAUGCUGGACGGCCGGGACUGAGACGGGAAGGUUAAAGUCUCACAUAAGUCGCGGUGAACGCCAGCAAUUUACCAUUUUUCGCCAUGGGAGUGCUUAUGUCAAAGAAGCAGCAGGUGGAGAAGGUGCAGAAAUGCAGUGCUGUCGUCUCUGCCUUCCAGUCGGGUGUUAAGGACCGUGCUGUGCCUUCUGCCGUUGCUGUCAAGCAGGCAGAAGGAGAAGUGGAGGAAGGUGAAGGGCCUACAAAGACGUCAGUCAGUUCCAAUGAGAAAAAUGCAGAGGAAACGGAGGAAAAGGAGGUAGACAGCAAUGCCGGUCCCUCAACCUCCCAGCAGGCCUCGGCUCCAGUUAGAGACGAGUGUAAAGUCAACCAGGAGGCCUGGUCGAGGUUACGGGAUGGGAAAGGAGUGGAGCCUGAAGAUCUUGAGAAGACCCAUCAGCUCACGCCUCCUGCUUUUGUGCGACCAAAGAGGGAACCCGAUGAUGAUCAGCCUGUAGAGGUGGAACUGGAAAAGAAAGAGGAGCCACCAAGUGAUGAGAUGUGUGACGUGUGCGAGGUGUGGACAGCUGAUGACCUGUACCCUUGCAGGAUCUGCACACGGGUGUUCCAUGAUGGCUGCCUGAGGGAGUUGGGCUACCUGCGUGCUGAGGCCUUGCAGGAGAUGAGAGAUGCAGCCCACACCGUUACUGGCUGGAGCUGCUACUAUUGUGACAAUCUCAACCUCCUCCUAACGGAGGAAGAGAUGUACAGUCUAAUGGAGACAUUCAAGCAGUGCAAGAUUAUCCCAGAGUCGUGCCUGGUGUCAGAUGAGCUACUUCAAUACCGCCACUUUGCUUCCAAGCAGCAGUUUGAUAAAGACCUGACUGAUGAACAAGAGGAGGAGGUCUUAGCCCAAUUUGCUGCUCUGGAUCCUGAGAAGAAGGGUCACAUUGAAUGGUCAGACUUUCUCUACUUUGAGUCUCUGGCUGUUUUGAAGAAGUUUCGCACUGAGAACUCUCUGGUGCGUCUGUUGACUGCAAAGGAAAGAGACAAGGCAAGGUCAGUGUUCCUCGGUCUGGACUUGGACGAAGACAGUGUGAUUACAAGGGCAGAAUGGCGCCAGGCCCAGCAGUCCUGGUUUCUCGAGCUCAAAGACUCACAGUCCUGCAAUGUCAGACUCAUGGGAUUCUUCACUCCUAUGAAUUGUGGUAUCAGCCACGUUGGCCCCAUAUGUGAGAACAGCCCGACGAGCUCUGGCAGUGAAAGGAGCAAAACUGAUGAAAGCAGACAGGUGACCUGGGCAGACUUUCUACGGGAGAGCGCCAUCUACAUUUUGGCCGCACGGCCCAAUAGUUCUGCCAUGCACAUCAGGCCCCCCCUAUAGUCCAGGAUACGCCACGACAGCUGGCAGAGAGAGGAAGAGCGAUCCAGUCCACAGCACAGAUGACAGAACGUCACGAGGAUGGCAGGAAACUAGUUACGGCACUGAGGGGCUGCAGAUCAAGCCAUCAACAGAAGCUCUCCUCCUCCACGUCACAUCAAGGCAACACUGACAACACACACACACCAACAACACAAAUGACAACUGUGACAGCUCCCAACUUCUACCCCCAACAGUUUCCAACCCAUGCGAGAGAUAUAAGGGAGUACCACAGAGUCACCAUUAAUUGGUCAGUGAUAUUUCUGAAACUUUCUUCACAGACAGAUGAGACACUAAGAUGGUCGUAGUUGCACAGAAUAAGUUACAUAUCACAGUUUUCCAUGUACAUUUAGUGUGACAGGUUGGUACUCUUCAAGUGUUCAACCCUUCUGUCCUCAUCAUGUCCUAAUGAUAACUCCAUGCUUCUGUAAUGGGAUUGUGUUUCAGCCAUCAAUUGUUCAUCACGCUACACAGAGCCACAUGCAAAUUCAGUAUUGUUCCUGUUUCUAGGAGGAGAUUAACCUCACCGUUGCCAUUAUUAGAACAUACACCAAGCAAGAGUGAAAGCUAUAAUAUAAUAUUACAAGAGAUCUGCUUUACGUACCACUAUACAUCAUUGAAAGCUGCAUUUAUUCCUCUAUCCUAUGAUAUAUAUCCUCUGUUUCUCUCACCAUCUUGCAAAAAUCUAUGUUCUUCUGAAAUACUAACUGUGAAAAGAAAGUGAACAUUUAUGAAAGCUAACCCUGUAAGUGACAUGUAUAUUUACCACCAUAAUGUAUGUAUUGUUGCUGUUGUUCUCUCGGAGCUGCACUAUGAUGAGGUGGAAACAAUCGCUUCUCCUGUUCCGUUAUUAAUGGCACUGGACAGCGCGAUACAUUCGAACUCUUGUGUUAUGAAAUCCUAAACAACAGUAUGAUAUGUGACGUAUUUUUUUCCUUUGCUAAUAUGCCGAUGCACCAUUUAAAAGCUGUUAUGGAAAAUUUGAAGGAAAUUGUUUAAUGUUGGAGAUUGUAUAUGAAUUUAAAUGCACAUGAAACUUCCCUUUGUGUAAUGUUUCUGCUAUGUAUCAAUGGUUCAAGUCUUUUGAAACCUGUUGGUCAGAGAGACAUGUCACAGUGCUGAAAUAAAUGCAUGGCAUUGA